AUGAAACGAAAAUUCGAACACUCUUCCGCUCCAUCAAACAGCAGCAACAAACAUGUCAAAUUCUCAUCAGUAACAACAACAUCAAGUCAUGAUCAUGUCGAGAACACCACACAGCAUGCUGAUGAGUCCAAACACACUCUUCAAUCCAUUCGUGAGGCUAAAUCUCUCCGAACGAUCAAACAAUUGCAAGGCUUUGAACAUACCACAUCCAUUCUCGGACAAGUCAAUGAAACGGGAAGUGGAUUAGAAGGUGAAGAAGGAAAUUUAAAUCAAGAACGUUUUAUUGAUGAAGAAAAUAAUAAUACAGUGAUGGAACCUUUUCAUUUAGAAGCAGAACGAAUGGAAGGAAUAUUUAAAGAUAAACAAACCAAAGCAGAAGAACAACGAAAAAAAAAGAAAAAAUUACAACAACGAUCAAUUAACAAAGUCAUUAGAAAAAAUGAAAGUGAUGAAGAGGAUAGUGAUGAUAAUGAAGAGACAGAUGUGUGGGCAGAUGAUUUGGAAGAAAUGAACCCAUCCUUAUCCAAAAAACAAGUUCUUUCGAAUGAAAAAGAGGAAGAACAUACAACACUUCCUGAAUUAACACUCUCUGAAUGUCAUCAAUAUAUUGUAGAUCAUCUUGUAGAUCGAAAAGAGACAAUUUCUAAGGCAUUACAACGAUUGAAAAAAUCACCUAGUACUAGGAAUGAAGAGGAGGAUGCGUCAAAAGUAUACAAUGAAUUAAUCAAAAUUGCAAAUAUUUUAAUUACCCAUUACAAUAUUUAUGAUAUUUAUGACAAAAAAAGAGAAUCGUUUCAAAAAAGAGUGAAAUGGGAAUAUCGAGUUAAAGAUACCAAUGAAAUUCAUGGUCCAUUCUCAACAAGUGACAUGAUAGCAUGGAUUGAACAUGGAAUGUUAACCAACGAUAAUGUACAAGUAAGAAUAUUCUGUGGUGAAAGUGAUGAUUUUUUAGAAUUGAAUUCUGUGGAUUUUACAAAAUAUGAAUAA